CUGGCAAAUCUGUAAGAAGAAGAAAGUUGAGGGAGUAAUCAGCAAUCACCAGCUUUUCCCUUCCUAAAGAAAAAACAACGAUAAAGACAUUAAUAUUAUUUACAUCAAAGCAUGGGGUCCACGUAGAGACUGUGAGCAUGAAAUGAGAAAUCUGAACCGUUGAAAUGAUUCAUCCUUGAUGGUGCCGUCAUCAGACACACAGUUGACGGCAGAAACGUCUAUCUUCACCAUCCCUUGUUGUCUUUAAGGCAUAUAACAGAUUAACAGGCGCACACACAAUCUUCUAUCUUUUAAGAAUUUCUCUCAGGAGUUGAACAACAACAACAACAACAACUACUGAUUUCUUCUUCGAAUGGACCAGUCGAACAAUUUGGGUGGUGGGGCUUUAAAUGGAUUCGCUCCAGUCUCUACUACUCGGAUACAUUGGAAAUCUCGAAAGAGAUCAGCUAGCGGGAGGAUGUUGAAUGACGUGAAGGAAGAAAUAGUUCAUGAAACACCCAGCAAACAGGAAACAACUCCGAAUGAUGAAAAGAUGGAGGAGCCAACUCCCACUUCAGCUGAACUUUCUGAGCGUCGGAAGGCUCUUUUCGAGCCAUUGGAACCGGCAAAUGGUCGAAAACCAUCAAAUGAGUCUUUACUCCCACCUCCGGACUUUGAUGCUGCAAGUUAUCCCCGAGGCUGGCUGGUUGGCAAGAAGCGUAAGCUUGUUAAUGUGGAUGUAGUUGAGAGCAUGCGGAGGAUUGCCGUUCAGGAGAUGAACAGAAAGGAUCGAGAAAUUAAUGGUCUCAACGAGCAGCUAGACGAGGAUGCACGGUGCCUAGAACAUCUACAACUACAGCUUCUGGAUGAAAGGAGCAAGCGAACUGAAGUUGAAAGAGAAAAUGCUAUGCUGCAAGACCAGAUCUCCAUGUUGAUGAACAUGCUGCAGGAAAAUGAACCAGAGGAGGAUGAAGGCCCUGAGGAACCUUAGAUAUGCUCUUGUUUGUUAUUUGUAAGUAGUUUCGGGAGAAAAGAAGCAUGGAUGAUACAUAUAUCUUUGUCAGGGUUAGGAGUGAGGUUUUCUGAUAUAUACAGGUAUACCAGUAUUCUGCAUUGUUGUUUGGUCUACCAUAAUUUGUAAUUAUGAAACACUUAUCGCAUAAAAUUCUAUGAAAAUGAUUUUUUAUUUGA